CCCUCACUUGACUUCUCCACACACCACACACCCUUUUACGUUCAAUCAUCAGAAACCCAACCAGUUAUUCCACAAAUCCAACUGCUCAUCGAUACCAGCAUGGAUACACCCAUGUUUUCAGUUGCUGCUGCGUCACCCUUCUGGGUCUUUGCUUCUCUGCUCUCUCUGUUUCUCCUCCUCUUCACUCUCGCCCGAGUGCUCAUCUCAGGCCGCCGAAGUUUGCCAUUGCCGCCAGGCACCAUGGGUUGGCCUUAUAUAGGAGAAACCUUUCAGCUCUACUCUCAAAACCCAAAUGUCUUCUUCGCUUCCAAAGUGAAGAGGUAUGGGAAGAUAUUCAAGACUCAUGUUCUGGGAUGUCCCUGUGUGAUGAUUUCGAGCCCAGAAGCUGCAAAGUUUAUCUUGGUCACCAAAUCUCAUCUCUUCAAGCCUACAUUCCCUGCAAGCAAAGAGAGGAUGUUGGGCAGACAAGCCAUCUUCUUUCAUCAGGGACCCUAUCACAUGAAAUUGAGAAAGAUUGUUAUGAGGGCUGUCAUGCCUGAGGCAAUCAAGAACAUCGUCUCUGAUGUCGAGACGAUUGCUGUCAGUUGUCUCCAGUCGUGGGAUGGCCAGUUGAUCAAUACUUUCCAAGAAAUGAAGACGUAUACAUACAAUGUAGGACUGCAUUCCAUAUUUGGAAAGGAAGGAGCUCUCUAUAGAGAAGAGCUGAAAAGGUGCUACUACAUUCUUGAGAGGGGCUACAAUUCAAUGCCCAUCAACCUUCCGGGAACUCUCUUCAACAAAGCUAUGAAGGCCAGAAAAGAGCUGUCUCAGAUCGUAGCCAAAAUCCUCCAUUCCAGGAGGCAGAGCAAGGAAGAAAGAAACGACCUGCUUGGGUCCUUCAUGGAUGAGAAAGAAGGCCUCACUGAUGAACAAAUUGCAGACAACGUAAUUGGAGUCAUAUUCGCUGCCAGAGACACCACAGCCAGUGUUUUGACAUGGAUUGUCAAGUACCUGGGAGAGAACCCAAGCGUCCUACAAACUGUCACUGAAGAGCAAGAGUCCAUAAUGAAGAGCAAGGAGAAUGGAGGUGAAGACAAGAGUUUGACUUGGGCAGACACGAGGAAGAUGCCAAUAAGCUCAAGAGUUAUACAGGAGACUCUGAGAGUAGCCUCAAUUCUUUCUUUCACUUUCAGAGAAGCGGUUGAAGAUGUUGAAUAUGGAGGGUAUCUUAUACCAAAAGGGUGGAAAGUUUUACCACUUUUCAGGAACAUUCAUCACAGCCCAGACAAUUUUCCAGAUCCUGAGAAAUUUGAUCCCUCCAGAUUUGAGGUUGCUCCAAAACCCAACACAUUCAUGCCAUUUGGAAAUGGGGCACACUCUUGCCCUGGGAAUGAGUUAGCCAAGUUGGAGAUCUUGGUCCUUCUGCAUCAUUUGACCACAAAGUACAGGUGGUCUAUGGUGGGACCACACAAUGGAAUCCAGUAUGGCCCAUUUGCUCUGCCUCAAAAUGGCCUGCCCAUCAGAUUAUUUUCAAAAUCAUGAAAGUCCAGUCUAAACAGACAAAAUGGAUACUGGUGUUUUUAGUUCUUUCCAUAAAUAGAUUGUCUUCUGAAGAGAGAAGGCUAGGACUACUGAGAACUUUCCCAAAGAAACUGAGAAAUCCUUCACUGUUUUCAGCCAGAAGACAAGACAUGGAAAGAAGAGGAAAUUUUAGGAAAGGAAGAUAAGAAAGGGAAACAAGUGCAAACAAAGAGCCUUCCAAACCAAAAGAAAUGGAACUUCAAGGAAACAGCAAAUGCAUGCAAUUGGAAACAAGCUCUCUUUCUACUUUCUUACUCUCAAUUUUGUAAAUAAUGAGAAGAAAACACUUCUCUUUGUGGGGUUCAAGUAGGUAGCUGGUUGCUCAACCCAAAAAAAAAAAAAAAAGUAGGUAGCUGGUUAUAGUUGAAUGUCAGGUUCUUGGGUUAGUCUAAACCCAUGUUCCAUUAAUGCUUAUAAAUAAAAAUCAACAUAGAAGACAAGCAGAAAGACCUCAUGUAUUAUUAUUUUCAUUUCUUUUA